CACUAGUAGUGACCGGCAAGAGACUUCUGAACCAAAUCUAAAGAGCUCUCAGCACAAACUAGGUAAAGAGCUGUUAAGUUGUUUCUUUGGUGUGUAGAUGGAAACAGAGAAAAACAGCAAGGAGCUAGGGCUUAACCACCUAGGGUUCGUGAGAGUUGCAGCGAUCCAGGUUCUUGUUAGCCUCUCAAACCUAUACGACUACGCCAAACAAAACUCUGGUCCUCUUAAACCGGCGGUGGGAAAGGUGGAAGGAGCCGUCACCACCGUCGUCACCCCUGUCUUCAACAAAUUCAAAGAUGUUCCAGAUACUCUUCUCCUCUUUCUUGAUCACAAGGUUGGUGAAGUUUCGAACAAGUUUGAUAAGCAUGCUCCUCCACUGGCUAAGCAAGUAGUAAGCCAAGCACAUGUACUGAUCCAGGCGACUACAGAGAAGGCUCAAAGCUUUGUGAAAGAGGCUCGUACUGGUGGUCCUAAAGCUGCCUUUAACUAUGCUGCAGCCGAGUACAAGUACUUCGUUGUGACUAACUCGGUUAAAGUCUGGGCUAAACUCAACCAGUACAAACCUAUUCAUGCAGUGGGAAACAAAGCUUUGCCACUGGCUGCAAACUUGUCUGGUAUGUACAACGAUUUGGUGACUAACAUGACCAAGAUGGGUUACCCUGUGGUUGGUUAUCUUCCUUUGGUUCCUGUUGAUGACAUUGUCAAGGCUUAUGAAAAGGAACAAGAUGCAGCGCAAAAGAAAGGAGAUACUACCCCUGCUACUGAUGGGAACAAAUCAUCUUCUGAUUCGGACACUGAUUGAAACAUUUGUGAGCCUGGUUUGUUGGGUUUGGUAACUUGUGUAAAUGAUCUUAUUAGGCUCUUUCUUGUUCUUCUUUGAUCACAGAACUUGGUCUUGCAGUGUUUCAUUUGUUGUUGGUUGAUGUGUGUAUUUUCUAUCUAUGUAACAAAGAAGGUAAUAAUAUUGAGCAACAAAACCUUUAAGAAUAUUGGAAAGUUGUCGCAUUUAAGAAAGUA